AUGGGUUUCUUUCAGAAGAAAAUAAGACCGGUUACAGGUGGUGGUCCUGGAACUAGGGAUGGACAUUUGCAGGAUAAUGUUUCAAGAACCUCAAAAUUGGGUGUGUUUCUUAAGGAUCAUUUUUGUAAAAGUUUGAAAAAAAAUUGCCUAAAAGGGUUAGCCAUCGUCGUCCAUGUGCAGUCCAUCGAUGGAGGUGACACCCUCCUAUCAUCUCCAAUGCCUACCAUAUUAGCUUCAGUUCUGACGCCCUCCCUCUGCCUUCAUCUUCUCUCCGAAGACUAG